AUGACACUGUUGAGGCACCCAGGAGGCGUCCUGACUAGACGCCCAAACCACCCCCCCACCCCACCCCCUCCACGCUCACUGCAAGCCACGCUGUGCGACACGGACCUGAUAAAGUACAACAUCCAGUUUGAUGAGUGUCGACUUGAGACCCAGGACCGCCGUUCUGGAGCCACGGCCGACGAUAUCACCAUGCUCGUCAGGGGACAGCCCAAAAUCACACAGUGUUUACCUGGUGUAAAGGACAGGAGCACUGGGCCGUCCAAUGAGGGACCAGCCUUGCUUCCCCUGCACCUGUUUCCACUCAGGAUGGACGAGUUUCGGUUCAGUUUCUAUGUUUUGUUUCUGCUGCAGAUCGACUGUUUACACGGAUUGUACAUAACUGACAGGAGUGAUUCUCUCCAUCAGGUUCUCUCAGAGUUUGGCGUCGUUCGCCCGGUCAGGACCGACUCAGAGGGGCGUCUCCUGUCUCCGUCAGUCUCCGCCCACCUCCUGCACCGCAGCAAGAGACACGCCCACCAAACCACAGACACGCCCACCACUGACCAGCCGGACACGCCCACUACGGACACAGAGCUCUUCUACAACGUGACGGUGUUCGGCCGCGAGCUGCACCUGCGGCUGCGGCUGAACUCGCGGCUCGUGGCGCCCGGAGCCACGGUGGAGUGGUGGGAGGAGUCAGGACAGAGACACACCCAGCCAAUAGGAGGCAUCGGCUGCUUCUACACCGGGGAGGUUGCCAACAUGGCGGACACGUCCGUCGCCAUCAGCAACUGCGACGGCCUGGCAGGGAUGAUCCGGACGGGUCAGGAGGAGUUCUUCAUCGAGCCGCUGGAGCGAGGGAGGAGCGGGACAGAGGAGGAGGAGGAGGAGGAGGAGGAGGAGGGAGGAGCAGCGGGACGACAGCACAUCGUUUACCGCUCAUCAGCCAUCAUCAAGACACAGCAAGCUGUCAAUCAAACAGGAGCUGUCCAUCAAACUUCAGACGACUACCUCCGAGGUUCUCUUUUAGGUCCUCUGCUGGACGUGGACGCUCUCGGCCUGAGGCGCUCGUCCCGGCCCGGCUCGGCCUCGACGCCACGCCGCCGCCGCUACGCUGAGGAGGCGGAGCUCUUCAACAUCGAGGUCCUGUUAGGAGUCGAUUACUCUGUUCUCCUGUUCCACGGCCGAGAACACAUCCAGAAGUACCUGCUGACCCUGAUGAAUAUAGUGAACGAGAUCUACCAGGAUCACUCGCUCGGUGCCAACAUCAACAUUGUUCUGGUCCGAAUCGCCAUGCUGUCUGCUACCAAGUCGCAGGAGCUGAUCUCUCUGGGGAACCCGUCUCAGAGUUUGGAGAACGUGUGUCGCUGGGCGUUCCUCGAGAAGGGGAAGCAGCCGAGCCACGCCGAGCACCACGACCACGCCAUCUACCUGACCCGCCAGGAGUUCGGGCCGUCCGGCAUGCAGGGUUACGCCCCGGUCACAGGGAUGUGUCACUCAGUUCGAAGUUGCACCCUGAACCACGAGGACGGCUUCUCCUCCGCCUUCGUGGUCGCCCAUGAAACUGGACACGUGUUAGGUAUGGAGCAUGAUGGUCAGGGUAAUGACUGUGGUGACGAGGUGCCUCUGGGCAGCAUCAUGGCUCCGCUGGUCCAGGCGGCUUUCCACCGCUACCACUGGUCCCAGUGCAGCCAGCAGGAGCUCAGCAAGUACCUGCAUACCUACGACUGUCUCCGUGACGACCCGUUUGACCACGAUUGGCCGGCUCAGCCUCAGUUACCGGGCCUUCAGUACUCCAUGGACCAGCAGUGUCGCUUCGACUUCGGAGCCGGAUACAGCACCUGCACAGCAUACAACACCUACGACCCCUGCAAGCAGCUGUGGUGCAGUCACUACGACAACCCCUUCUUCUGCAAGACCAAGAAGGGCCCGCCCAUCGACGGCACCAAGUGCGGCCCGGGGAAGCACUGUUUUAAAGGCUACUGCAUCAAGCUGACCCCUGACCUCCUGAGACAAGAUGGCAGCUGGGGCACGUGGAGCCUGUUCGGCAGCUGCUCCAGGACCUGCGGGGGCGGAGUCCGCUUCAGGACCAGGCGCUGCGACAACCCAGCACCGGCCAACGGGGGGCGCACCUGCUUCGGGAACAGCUACGAGUUCCAGCUGUGCAGCCUGAACGAGUGUCCCGCGCUGUCCGACUUCAGGGAGGCUCAGUGUAAGAUCUGGGAUCCAUUUUUUGAACAUGAAGGAAAGAAACAUCACUGGCUUCCCUACGAGCACCCCGAACCUGACGAGCGCUGUCAGCUGCACUGCCAGUCGAAGGAGACGGGUGCCGUGGUGUCGAUGAACAGAAUGGUGCAUGAUGGGACGCCGUGCUCCUACAGCGACGGUUUCAGCGUGUGCGUGCGAGGAGAGUGUGAGCAUGUGGGCUGCGACCACCAGGUGGCAUCAGACCAGCAGGAAGAUCGCUGUGGAGUUUGUGGAGGAGACAACUCCAGCUGCAAGAUCAUUAAAGGAAACUUCACACGCAGCACCAAGAAACAAGGUUACCUGAAGAUCCUGGAGAUCCCUAAAGGAGCCAGACACCUGCUCAUCCAGGAGUUCAAAGGCACUCCUCACAUCCUGGCGGUGAAGAACCAGGUCACCGGUCACCUCUUCCUCAACGAUGAAGAUGAGUUCCCAGAAUCCCGUGUAGUGAUUGAAAAGGGCGUGGCCUGGGAGUACACUAACAAUGACGACCGGGAGUCCGUCCAGACCACCGGACCGCUUAAGUAUGGAGUUCUUGUCAUGAUCCGUUCCCACGGCGACUCCAAGGUGACGCUGUCCUACAAGUACGUCCUGCAGGAGGAGCUGAGAUCUUCCAUAGAGUCCAACCUGGUCCAGGAGGACGCCGUCGUGUACGAGUGGGCGCUGAAGAAGUGGUCGCACUGCUCCAGACCCUGUGGAGGAGGGAAACAGUACACACGGUUUGGCUGUAGGAGAAAGGCUGAUGGGAAAAUGGUCCACAGAACUUUCUGCUCCAACAUCAGCAAACCAAGAGCGAUCAGCCGAGACUGCAACAGAGAGAGCUGCAGCCAGCCCCGCUGGGUGACAGGGGACUGGGAGGACUGCAGCGCCUCCUGUGGGCAGACGGGAUACCAGCGUCGCUGGGUGAGCUGCCAGCAGGCGUCCAGUAGGGGGCAGCAACGCUCUGUCCACAGCAAACUCUGCAACGACGACCGACCAGAGGGGAAACGAACCUGCAACCGCUUCCCGUGUCCUGCUGCCUGGCGCAGUGGGCCCUGGGCACCGUGCUCAGUAACCUGUGGUAACGGGACUCAGGAGCGCCAGGUUGCGUGUUCAAAUCCCGAUGGCUUGUCUGGAUCCUGCAGCGAGCCUCGACCAAUCACAACCCGCACCUGCCAAGCCCCGCCCUGCAGCGGCGAUCACAAGAACUCCAUCAUCCAGUGGCUGUCCCGCUCCAGUCCGGAGUUUCCUGCUCCCAAGACCUCCUCCAGGCAGCGUUGCCGCGGCGACCAGUCAGUGUUUUGUCGGAUGGAGAUGCUGAGACGGUACUGCUCCAUCCCCAGCUUCCAGCAGAUGUGCUGCAAGUCGUGCAGAGAAGGAAACUCCAGCAACUCCAGCACCACGAGCCUCGUGACACCUGAGACCAGCAGAUCCUGGAGCUUCACCUCGGAGCCGGAUGCCGGGUCCACCGGCAGCACCUCCGCUCCUCCCUCCCGGUCCGUUGACGACGAUGCGACGCCGCCGUCCACCGGCAGCAGCCCCACCGACUUCAUCUACGUGGACUACGACGAUUACGAGGAGUACUCGUCCUCUGGGGAACCGUGGACACCCGCGGAGACGCCUGUUAUUCCCACCACCAUAACGACUACCAGCACUGCUGCCACAACAACCACGAGACGCCCGAGGAGAACCGCUCCGCCGUAUUUGUUCAGGAGGAGAACUACCGCUCCCACGAUGCCCGUUGUCACUGUUGCUAUGGUAACCACUGAUGGUCAAAACGCAGUGUCAUCGCCAUUCAGGACUUCUGGCGUGCCGGAGUUCCCCACCACUCUUGCGACGACCACAUGGGCUGAUGCUGAUGACCUCAUCACAGAGGGACCGUCUGCUACACCGCUGCCAAGCCCAAAGGGGACGACAGGAGGGCGGAGACGCAAACCCAAAACUGACCCGGGAGGAGCCACACCGACCCCCGCAGCGCCCUUCUCCUCCUCUUUCCCAUUUUCCAGAGAGGAGAAGAAGGAGAACAACUCCGUGGACGAGGUUCCGUAUCGGAUUGUGGGACUGGACGGGGAAUUCUCCCGGACCGGCCACCAGAACUACUUUGUGCCCCGGAUGCCACCGUUCCGCGAGCGAACGCAAAACAAACGCAUCCAGGAGCUGCUGAAUGAGAAGCGCCGGCAGGAGCUUCUCCAGAGACCCGGAAGGACCAAAGAUCCGCUGCCCAAAGCUCGCCGGACUGUCCGGAAACACACCGGCCUGUGAACCACGGACACAUACACACACACACACACACACACACACACACACAUUUACUUAGGUCACUUUGAGGGACAUUGCAUUGACUUACAUUCAUUUCCUGGAGACUUAUCCUAACUCCAACCAUAACCACUACAUACCUAAGCCUAACCUUUACCUGACUUCACUUCACUUGAGACAUUUCCAGAGGCCCAGAGACUCCGCCCACUGCUAAACUGUUCUACAAAAUUAAUGGAAAAGGAAAAGCUGCUCUACGAUGCCUGAAUAACAAAAAUUUAAAAAACACACACACACAGCUUCCAAAAGCUUCCAACACUGGGACUCGCCCACUGAUCACAAAACAGCAAAUACCGCAGUAAAAAUGAGCUGGGCAUGGAACCUUAUUUAGGAUUUGAUCAGCCCAGCUGACCUCUGUGGAUGGAUGUUGGAAACACUCUGAGAUUUCGCAGUGACUCUACUGAUCAAAUGGUGCUUGCUCUGAACUUCAUAUAUAAAACAAGGACAGCCCAAAACAAAAGACCCAGAACAAGCCAGUGGCUAAAGCUAGCUUGCAUGACCUUAAAAAUAAAAAAAUAUAUAUAAAUGCAAAAGUGAUUAGAAAAACCACCUUUGUUUGAUUUUCACUGUUAAUUCCGUCAAUUUAUGUUUUGCAUAAGCCACCAUUUUGUUCUGAACUAGACCUAAACCAAUCCAAAGCCUAAUCUUAACCAUUUCAAAAUAAGAUUACAAUCAUAUAUUACCCCCUAACCACAACCUGGCACUAACCUGAACCAAACCUAGAUCCUAAAUUAGUCUAACACUAGGCCCAAACCAGGUCUGACCCUCACCUUAACCCUUUCAGAGUGGAAGGGUCUAGAGUCUAACCACAACCUGAGCCUAACCUCGGCCAAACUCCUUUUUAAAAUAAUCACCACUCGAUACCAGUUUAGAAACACAACUAGAGUUGCUCAGCAGCUGAGCUCUGGUGCCGGGCGGAGGGUGGAGCCUCAGCACGCAGGGUGGUGAGCCGCUCUUGUUUUUGCCGCUGCACUGCAAUGCCAAAACCACAGUUUUCACAUGAAGUCUUUUCCAAACAGUUCAGUUUCACAGAUUAUUUUUUUUUUUGUAAGUGAGACAAAUGGAGGAACAGAUUUCAGAUUUUUAUCACAUUCGUGUGGACUCUAAUCUGCACUGAGCACGUACAGCGGACAACAGAGAUGUGACAUAAGUGAGACGUCUCACUCGUUAGCUACUUUCAUCAUCAAGUCUGGCAAAAAAUGAUGUGUUUAACUCAGAAUGUCUCUCGUUAAACCUGCAGUGAGCGAUUUCAGAAUCUCUCAUCAAUCCUGAAA